ACUGAUUGGCUGGAGAAGUGAGAUGCGCAUGCGCAGUGGGAAACGUGUGGGUGCUUGUCAGUGUCAUGUGAACCUCAUACUCAAGAUACAAAGUCUAAACCUGUGUCUGUGUUGUGUGUGAGUCGGUACUCUCUAGCUGCAUAGCAGUUUCUGUGGCAGUCUGGCUGGUUGUCCCUACAGGAAAGAUCUGAAAGAUGAAUAUUUUCUUAGAGACACUCAAAGUUUUGUUUCUUACAAUUUACCUUAAUCUUGAGUCCUUUGUCUUGUGGUUCAUUCCAUCUCGGAAGAAAAAUGUUGCUGGUGAAAUAGUGCUUAUUACUGGGGCAGGAAGUGGAAUAGGGAGACUGAUGGCACUGGAAUUUGCCCGCCUUGGAGCAACCUUAGUCCUUUGGGACAUAAAUGAAGAGGGAAACAAAGAGACUUGUAGACUGGCAAAGAAAAACGGUGCAGUUAGAGUACAUGCCUAUCUGUGUGACUGUAGCAAAAGGCAAGAAGUCUACAAAGUGGCAGAUCAGGUUAAGAAGGAAGUUGGGGAUGUAUCCAUUCUAAUUAAUAAUGCUGGAAUUGUAACUGGCAAGAAAUUUAUUGACUCGCCUGAUGCUCUUGUGGAGAAAACAAUGCAGGUUAACUGCAUGGCACAUUUCUGGACCUAUAAAGCUUUUCUUCCUGCGAUGAUGGCUUCCAAUCACGGUCACUUGGUGAGCAUUGCAAGCUCUGCUGGAUUGAUUGGGGUCAAUGGACUAGCAGACUACUGUGCUAGUAAGUUUGCAGCGGUUGGCUUUGCUGAGUCUGUUGGACUUGAAAUGUUGGCUCUGGGGAAGACUGGCAUAAAGACUACUAUUGUCUGCCCAUAUUUCAUAAACACUGGAAUGUUUGAUGGAUGCUCAACCAAAUGGCCAAGACUCUUACCCAUCUUAGAAGCUGAAUAUGCCAGCAAAAAGAUUGUGGAUGCCAUUCUGAAGGAUCAAGUGUAUCUGGUGAUGCCACGUAGUCUCUACAUCAUGUUUGCAUUAAAGAACAUUAUGUCGACUAAGCUGGGAGUUGUUCUUGGCAAUUAUUUUGGAGCUUUUCAUUUUAUGGACCAUUUCAAAGGCCGGCAAAAAAAGGAAUGAAGUUUGCUCCUACUGUUUAUCCGGAUCACCAAAGGAAUCCAUACAGUGGGGCUUGAAAAUUUGUGAACCCUCUACAGUUUUCUAUAUUUUUAUAUGAAUGUGACCUAAAACAUCACCUGAUUUUCAAUAAGUCCUAAAAGUAGAUGAAGAAAACCUAGUGAAACAAAUGAAACAGAAUUAUUUAUAUAACUGUCUUGACUAGAACGUAUCAGGGACCCAAGAAACCCAGUAGUGCCUGCAACACAAAGGGAUACUGUUGUCAUAAUAAGGGGGGUUUCUAUUGCCUAGAAAGUAAUGUUUUAUAGUGUGUAGUAAAUGUUUUACCUCACUAAGGCAUCUCUGUAUGCUAUACCGUAUGUGGCUAUUUUGGCUUUCCUUAGCAGCAGCAACUGUGUCUUGCUUUGUGGUAGGGAUAUUUGACAUGCACCCAGGCUUACAUCCAUUGGCCCACAAAAAUAGCAGAAUUAGUUAGCCCUUACCUUCUGCUGGUGAGCCUGGUAGAGAAAAAAACUAAAAUGAGUCAAUAAAGCAACUGACAAUUUUAUAUAUUUAUAUAAUUUUAAAGUUAACUUGUAAUGUGACACAAAAUAACAUGAUUACAGCUUGUGUAAAAAAUGUGAUGGUGUGCUAAUAAAAGGCAAUUAAAGGACAAAGAAAGGUAGAAUCCAAGGGGUGGCAAUAUGUUCUUACAAAAAUCUCUGGCCGGGGCAAUUUUUUGCCAACACUGGGCUGACAUGGUCUCUUAGUGCCCCAGCUAGCUCUGAAAAUUUCUAUAAUGUUCAUGCUUGAGUGUCAGAAGAAUAUGGUGGCAUGGUCCUCAAAAUAAAAGUACCCAGGCCAGUGCAUUUUUGGAAGAAGAAGAGUUUUAUCCCAGGAUCUGAAGUACACAACUGGAAUAACAGGGGAAUGCCUAACAACUUGGCACCUUUCCUUGUCCUUUUAUCAUGUGG